AUGAGGGUGCGAGCGGGAUCAUGUGCGCUGUAGAGUCGCUCUCCGUGGUGCUGAAAGGAAAACUCUGGGUCUUAAAAGUCCUGUGAUAUGCACGAACUGCGACGCCAAGUCGGAGUAGCAAGGGAGUAAACAUGAAGUCGAUCAUAAAUGCCUUAAAAAAGGAAGUGCCUUUCCGUGAGGCUCCAGCCUACUCCAAACGCAGAAGGGGUCCAUCUUCUGGCGACGGCAGCGGAAACGGCCAGUCGCCCUCUUCGUUAUCAGCGCCACGGGUCCUUCUGCGCUCCAACAGCGAUAACAACCUAACAGUCAGUCAGUACCAGCAGCAGCAGCACGGUUCUCCUGGCAACUGGGCCCCCCAUCUGCAGCAGCACCAACACGCCCAGCACCAAUCACACCGGGCGCCCCAGCAGGGUCACUCACAGCCUGGCUCCUCAGCAUUACAUCGCAGCCUGUCACCCCAGCUGCUCCAGCAGAUGCCCAGCGGCAGCCCCAAUGGAAAUGUGGUGGUUCGGACCAUGGGGAGAGGUGCGAGGAGCCGGUCACCCUCCCUCAGCCGGCUGGGGGAGGAGGCCAGACGGGCUGCACCUUCACAGCGCCAACCAAGCCCCAGCAGUCGUGGAGAGGCAGUUGGAACCAGAAGGAAGCUGUACAGUGCAGUUCCAGGAAGACACUUCGUAGUGAUUCGUUUGUAUACAGCCCAGGCCGAGGGGGAGAUUAACCUCUACAAGGGCGACAGGGUCAAAGUUCUGAGCAUCGGAGAGGGGGGUUUCUGGGAGGGCAGUGCCCGUGGCCAGGUGGGCUGGUUUCCAGCCGACUGCGUGGAGGAGAUCCCCGCCAAAGCCACAGAGGAGAGGAACUAUUCCCGAGCAGACCGUGCUGACAGACGGAAGCUCUUCAGGCACUACACUGUGGGCUCCUAUGACAGCUUUGAUGCUUCAAGUGACUGCGUGGUGGACGAGAAGACGGUGGUGCUGCAGAAAAAGGAGAAUGAGGGAUUUGGCUUCGUCCUGCGUGGGGCAAAAGCGGAUACGCCCAUUGAGGAGUUUACUCCCACACCUGCCUUUCCAGCCCUGCAGUACCUGGAGUCUGUGGAUGAGGGAGGAGUGGCAUGGCAAGCAGGACUUAGGACGGGGGACUUCCUCAUCGAAGUGAACCAGGAGAAUGUGGUGAAGGUGGGCCAUCGACAGGUGGUCAACAUGAUCCGCCAGGGAGGCAACCGGCUCCUGAUUAAGGUGGUGACAGUGAGCCGGAAUCUGGACCCCGAGGACACAGCACGCAAAAAAGCUCCUCCACCUCCAAAGAGAGCCCCCACCACAGCCCUGUCAAUGCGCUCAAAGUCGAUGACGUCUGAACUCGAGGAACUCGUGGAUAAAGCCACUCUAAGGAAAAAGAAAGGUGACAAAGUAGAAGAGAUGACCCAUGCCCAGAAGACAUCACCUGUUGACAUGAAGAUAGCCACAAUUAAACCACGCCCAUCCAGUCGCUGCUUGGUUACGCCAACUGAUAUGAAUUCCUUGUAUCAUGACCGCCAAGGAGUAGCUGUGGUGCCACCCACUGUGCCAGGAGCCUUCCUGGGGAUACCUGAGAAGGGCACUAUGAAAAAGCAAAAGUCCAUAGGUACAUCGGAGGAUGAGAAACAGGGAUUCCUCACACCUCCCCUACUCAAGUUCUCACGCAGUCUCUCUAUGCCUGACACCUCAGAGGACAUCCCUCCUCCCCCAGCCAUUUCACCCCCUUCACCACCUGCCUACAACUCAGCUGCUGGACCUACACCCAAGAGCUAUGGCACAACACGACCAAGCUUUUCCCAAAACUCGCCCAAUGCAGUGACGACCAUAAGCCGGACCACCGACGUCGGUACGUUGAGGCGUGGCUAUUUCCGUCAGAGCUCUGAGCACUUUGAGAGCACACGAACUCGGGGGCGUACGCCAGUGCCUGAGAACCCGUAUUCAGAGGUGGGCAAUAAGACGCUGUAUGUGCCAGCAAAACCAGCCCGAAGGAAGGGUAUGUUAGUAAAGCAGUCUAACGUGGAAGACAGCCCAGAGAAGACGUGUCACAUGCCAACAAGUCCAUCAGGCCCAGUUUCCAUGCCUACUACGCCUGUAGAAAGAACAUGCUCCUCUAUCCCUAUUCCCACCAUCAUUGUAAAGGAGCCAUCCACUAGCAGCAGUGGCAAGAGCAGCCAGGGUAGCAGCAUGGAAAUUGAGCCUACAACCCCUGAACACCCGCCUCUCACACCUGCUGUCGGUGGAAGUGGAGGUUUACGCCCUGAAGACCCCCUUUCACUAAGCAACCCCUUUGCAGCAGCUAUUGCUGGAGCAGUACGGGACCGCGAAAAGAGGCUCGAGGCAAAAAAGAACUCGAUUGCCUUCCAGUCAAUAGACAUCGGGGAUGAUGACUUGAGUGGUCCCACGCCAACCCCUCGCCUUCGCCAGUCCAAGUCCAUCGAUGAAGGCAUGUUCAGCAGCGACGAGCGUCUUCAAAGGAUAUUAGCCCCUCCUUUGGCAAAGCAGCUCGGUCGCCCUGUUGGUGGCGGUAGUGGAAAUAUGACAGAUUUCAACACUCCUGAGCCCACAGUUGUUCGGGAGCCACUAAACACUAGAACAGGGCAGUGUCCCAACCUGGACAGUCCUGUUAGCCUCCCAGCCACUCCUCCUAAGAGCCACUACAGGGCCAAUGGAACCUACCUCCAUCCUGUCACUGGCAAGCCGUUGGACCCUAAUUCUCCACUAGCUCUGGCCCUUGCAGCUCGUGACCGGGCCAUGAAAGAGCAACAAAACCAUCCUCAGAAUCAGUCUCAAAAUAAUCCUCAGGUUCAACAAACCCCCAAGCAUGAAGCCCAGUCCCUGCCAGUUCAGCAAAGUCACAAACCUGACCUCAACCAGCCUCUAUUUAUUGACACCAAACUCCGCUCUGGAAUCGAGACGAGUUUUGCUGCAAUCUCCACGGCAACAAUGGGACGGCCUGGCCGAGGUGGCCUUCAAAGACAAAUGACAGAGCAGAAGUACGAGUCUGAUGGAGCACGGGAAGAGCGGCAGCAUCAGGCACUUGAAGAGAGGAAAAGCGCACCAGCAGAUGUGGCAGACACAUCACAGCCCAAGUCAGCUGGAUUACUGAUGGUUCACACCAGCACAGACGUAAGCAACAAGGCGAACAACCAAGAGGCCGAGGGGCAGGACAGCAACCGACCGUCUGAGCUGAAAGAUCCAAACCAGCCUGAUCCUCUUAGUUCUUCAACACUGUCCACUCCACAGCCACCCACAUUAAGGAGGAGGAGCAUUCCUUUAAGCGAAUCCAUGGACGAACCUGUAAAACUGCCCUUUCGCAUCCCUCCUCCCCCUCUGGCCUCAGUUGACAUUGAUGAAGAAUUUGAGUUCUCAGAACCCCUCCCCCCACCUCUGGAGUUUGCAAACAGUAUUGACAUUCCUGAUGACCAGGCUAGUGCCAUUGCAGAGAUGAUUCAGCAACAGAGACGGAAUGGGGGGCCUUCUCUACCCCCAUACCACCCUCAUGCCCCACCACCUGUCACUGAUCAACACAGAAGGUUGGCAAACAAUAUGCCCCCCUCGUAUGCCCCUCCACCUGACCCAGAAUCAGGGGUAGGUGACUCAGGCAUUGAAGAGGUGGACAGCCGCAGUAGUGGGGAUCCUCAGCACAUGGAGACCACCAGCACAGUGUCUAGCAUCUCCACCCUGUCAUCAGAAGGAGGCUUCUGUGACAGUGCUUUGGAGAGCCUCUAUGCCACUGCAGACGGUCACGCCUUCCUGGUGGAUCGGCCCCCUGUGCCACCAAAGCCCAAGAGCAAGUCUGUCAUUAAUAGAACGUCACUUUAUCAUGAUGCUCUCAUUGAAGAGCCACCAGAGUCUUAUGGGUCACCGCCUCAGGCCCCUCUCCCUCCUCCCUCGUCCUCUGAACCUCCUAGGACUCCUACUCAAAGGACCUCCAAGCUGUGGGGUGAUCAGCCCCCUGAGCUCCGCAGCCCCCCAUCCACACCAGACUCCAAGAACACAGUUAUCACUGAGCUGAGCACCAUUCUACAGCAUAUGAAUCGCGACAGGCCAACCAAGCCAGGAGAAAGCCUUGACUCCCCAACAGGCACCAGAGGGGGCUUCGGAACAAGGCCUCCUACCGAUGACUCAGGAAUGCGUAACAAUGCUGCCGCCGCUACCACCCUCACUUCCACCCCUCCCAGCAGUCUCCCAUCCCAGACGCACCCCUGCAGCCCUCCAGACUCGGCGUCCUCCCUCACCCCCUGCUCUUCACUGCCUCCCUCUGUGUCGCCCACCCUCACAGACGUCUUCGGCCUGCCAACCCCACCUUUGGGCAGCGGCGGCGGCUACAGCCUGAGCUCCUCGUGUGGCGGCAGCGGGAGCUCGCGCUCUCCAUCUCCACUUACGCUGAUGCAGGCCGUGGCAGCCUCAGGCAAGCCUUUCGCCUCCAAACCCAUGGAGCUGUGGAGCAAGCACGACGUGGCGGACUGGCUGGAGAGUCUCAACCUGGGGGAGCACAGGGACGCUUUCCUGGACAAUGAGAUCGAGGGUGCUCAUCUGCCCUCGCUGCAGAAGGAGGACCUGAUAGACCUGGGCGUGACAAGAGUGGGCCACCGCAUGAACAUCGAGAGGGCCCUCAAGCUGCUGCAGGACAGACAAGCCCCGAGGUGACGGGCUGGCGACGUGUGGAGUCAGGGCCAAGGAGAGGGAGGUGUCACGAAUCACUUUUACCAAUCUCUUCAUCAGACAUAAUCUCAAGACGUGGAACCGGGUGGAAGUUUUGUCCAAGCUGAUGCUGCCUCUUGCUGUGUUUGUCUCCUCCCAUCCUCCGCUGUCGGCCUCAUCUCAGUGCUCCAGUGUUGUUCGCCCUCUUCCUGCUUCCCACUGUCCUGAGCAUCAGGGGAUCAUGGGAUGUUUGGGGGAACUGCAGGGGGAGAAAGAAGAGAAUAGCUGCUAUGUCAAAUCAAGGCGAGAGAAAGGAGGACAGUAUGUGGGACUGUAAAGAAAACAACAUAUUCUGGAAACACUGGGAAAAAACACUUGUCUGGAAGUUUCUUCACACAAAGACUCGUGGUCACCUGACUGCUUUGGAUACUCAAGACUUUUUCCAUACACCCCGGUGUGGGUGCAUGAAAACCCAGCUGAGCUGGUCGUUGCUCCUUUUCUAUCUUUGCUAGAGUUUGUUCAGAGAAUAUUUCUUCACUAGAGUCCUACCGGAGUUAUAUUUCUGGGUGCAUCUAAGGUUGUAGAGAACAAUUUGAGAUAGACUUCAUUUUUGUUCUUUUUUGUUCUUUUUUGCUUUUCACCUGUUUGUGUCAAAACAACAGCAUUUGCUGACAUGUUUAACUAAUACUAAACCAUAUCCACACACACACUUUCUGCACAGUGCCACAAGCUGACGAAUGAGAUUUCACACAGUCUUUACAUCCUGAGCACUUACACACAUGUAGUUACUGCGAUGGCCUUCUUCCCUGACAAAGAUCAAAGUGUGGAGAGGGGUGGUCACCAGAGGAGGAGCUGCGCCUGAGCUGGGUCCGUGAAGUCCUGCGGCACCUGCUCGGUGUCCACCUCGUGACUCAAGAAAAACCAAGGUGAGGAUGCAAGAUGGACGUACAGAUGUUGGAACAGGAAAAUGGUUGUGCCAGCUUCGCUGAGAGUGCGUCCUUCUCCUCUCUCGGUUUUUCCUUUCCUACUUCUGUGUGCAUGUGUGUGUGUUAAUAGUUCACCCAAAAUAUCAUUAAGGUCCAUUUAACUAUUUCUAUGAAUCUGCUAUAUAGGGCACUUAUAGGGAAACUAAAAGUGUUACUUUUUGUAUUUUUACCAUCAAAUCUUCUUCACUUACAGCAGGUCGGCACCUGCCCACAGUAUGGCCCACAGUAACGCUAACGUACCAGACACCCUGUGUGUAAGUGGUAGAACAGAGUGGUUAUUACACUGUGUGUUUCUAGCAUUCGUGCAUUAUUUUGGGAAAUCCACUUACUCGCUUUCUUGCUGUGAAAUAGAAAGAUCGAUAUCGCUCUCUUACUGGUCGCUGAGAGCUGGAGUGAAAUGCAAAACAUCCGUCCACCUGUUUUAUGCUCACUUUCAAUGAGAGCAGAAGAUAUGACACAUCGAUACGCAUAAACACGCAUUUAUUCAAACAAAGGAAAACUAUCAACCAACAAUCUAGCCCCAAAUGAUGCGUGUGGUCUAAACCUUACUAAGCUUCCACUGUGUGGGAUGAUGAGAAGAUGGUCAAGUUUUUCACUUGAGUUUGACUUUCAACUGGAACUUUGUCAUUUCAAGAGAGAGACUGUCUUUCACAAACUAGUACCAACUACUCGGCUUUGCUACUUUGAUAAAUGUACUGCAGAUAGUGCUGACAGGGUUCUUACACUGGAUCCAAGCUAGGAGACAUCAUCCUGUAGUUUGUUUAUAUACAUUUCCCUUGUUUUUCCUGGUCCUUAGCAGGAUAUAACACCGGACAGCAGUAAUGCACCUACAGGCUGUUUGCAUCGUUAAAUCACAAAAAUGAGAGAAGGCCACCAGAGGCCUGUACUGUGCAGCAGGAUUUUAGGCCAUCCAAGUAACUUCUGGGUUAACUCUUGGUUUUCUGUAGUGCAAAGGUGGUUGACAUCAUACUGGGGUACAUCGCUAUGGUAACUUACGAUGUCCACCUAAGUCAUUGGCUACUGACCAAUCAAUUCUCCAGAAAAUAGCAGGAUCCCUCUGACCUCUACAGGCAGAGUAGGAGGGACUAAAGUCUUUCAGCAGUGCCUAAUGUCUCUGCGCUUCCCUGAUGAUUAUCAGAAAUAAAUAUAGAUUUGUAGAUAUAACUUUAUAAUUGAAUGUUUUAUCCGUCAGCUGCAUCCUAAAACAGGACACCUACACUGUACUUGCUGUCCUCAUAUGACAUCUCUGCACAGAUUAAACCUUUGAACUGUUUUUAUAUUUAAUCUGUCAAACCCCUUAAACAGCACUGAGUCUGCAGCUGAAAGAAUAAAAACUAAAACUGUCAGGAGAAGGUUACAGAUUGUAGAUUCUCUGCUGGGGAAACACAUUUUACAUGUGCAGCUUGUUAAGCUGGACCUACAACCACAGAUGAAGCGUAAACUUUCCCACUGUCCCCCGAAUGUGCGCAUAUAAAUUUGGUGAUUUAGAAAAUGUGUAAAAUGUUGUUAUACUUGAUUCUGAUCUGCUGCGAGAUAUCUUUUGCAGCUACUGGGAUGAAGAUCGCCCAGCAAGAGCACCUGUUCAACCAGUCAGAUUCAUUUCUCCUUUAUCAGGCUGUGGGCAGUAACAUUUAAUGUUUAAAUGACUCCUGUUUAACGUUUCAGAUCUUUAAAGUGCACCUUAAAAACAAACAGCAGCAUGGAGAGAGCAUUCAGGAAUAAUAUAAAUGUUGCAGCUGUGUGCGAGAAAUCACCAGAUUCAUGCUUUGUAGCACUGCUGUCCCAUCUUAUUUGCAGCAAUGUUGCAUUUGCUGUUAGAUUUUUAUCAUCAUCUGAUUGGUGUGGGUGACACUCACAGGGAUCGUUUUGUGUGGAAGAAGACUCAUAUAUGACCAGUGAAAUGCUCCUUUCAGAUUGGUCAAAUGCUGCCAACACCACUCCUUUCAUAUACCUGUGCUGAUGAAACCCUAAAUUAGUUUUGGCAGUUGAUAACCAGCUUUGAGUGACCACUUAUCCUCAUUGCUAAUGUUAGGAUGAGUGAAUCCACAUAAUGGCAAGUUGGUUGUGUAGAACUUGCUGUGGUACAGGGCCCAGGUGUUCUAACUCCGUACCAGAUACUGGACUGGUAAAUCAUCUGUCUGCUAAAGUGUUUGCUUUAUGAGACAGACAUGCUGGAAGCAUUACACUUAAUCCAAAGAUUAAGUAAAUGGUAAAUGGACUGGUUCUAGCGCUUUUCUACUCAUCUGAGCACUCAAAGCGCUUUACACAACUUGUGCAUUCACCCAAGCACACCUUUCUAAGAUGUGCGUGAAUGCAUAGCUAACAUUCACACACUCACAUGGAUGCAUCGGAGAGCAAUUUGGG